AUGGCUGGAUUAGCCAAGAAUGUUAUUUUACGUUUAAAUAAAAAUCAAGUAUCAUUUGUUAUCAAAGAACGUGUAGUAUUCGGUGGAAUUACAGCAUGGUGUGAUUUAGAUCAUGCAGUAUUAUUUCCUGAACGUAUAUGUGAAGGUAUUUCAUCGGAUCAAGAUGAAAUAUUCCUUGAAGUGAUUAUUGAUCAAUUAUUUCAUUGUAUUCGUUCAAAUGCACAAUCAUCUUCAAGUCAUAAUUCUUUCUAUAAUACAGCUUCUUCUUCUUCGACGUCUAAUACAUAUAACAAUACUGGAAUGAAACAGUCUCGAAUUGGUUCAAAUUCCAUUACUGGUCUAUUAGGGAAUUUUGAUCAAUCGGUUUGUAGAGUUCUUGGCUUAAAAAUUAAAUUGGUUCGACGUAAAACACCUUGUUUAGCAAUUGAAUUAGAACAGUCCAGCAUUACAGGUCGUUCACGUUCUGUUUGGCAUUUUAUUCCUGUUCAAGUCGUUCCACCGCGUUUAUGGGAUGAAUUCAUAGAGCCUGCAGAUCCUGAAUUUGAUGUUAGUAUUUUAUUUCCACCAUUGAAAACUCUACGUCCAUUUGUUGAUCGUAUGAAAAAGUUUGCAAAGUACAUUAUAAUCAGUGCUAAUGGUUCUGGUGAAUUACAUUUUGGUGUCAAUGUUGAAACACUUGCUUGUGUCAAAUUAACAUUUCGAGGUUUAAAAGCGCGUAGUUGGUUACCACAAAACUCGUGUACAGAGGUGAAUGAUUCAAUGGAUGAUGCACGUAGUGCUGUUUGGGAAUCUAAUCGUCAACCGUAUGAUGUUGAUUUGGAUAAAUCAAAACAGAUACACUGUGAAGAUCCAAAUAAAAAAUUUGUUUCAGUUAGUUUAGAUUUACGACGUAUCGGUCAGUUAUUAUCAAGUCCACGGAUUAUUCCAUCAUGUUUUGUUUGUAAUAUAAUUCAUGAGACAUCGGCUCAAUUUCUAAUGUUAUUCGACAAUCACAAGCUUAAAUUCAACAUUCCAGCUUCUAAUUUAUAA